ACAUUGGGAAUAAUUAAUCAUUCAUCUCUACAUUUCAGUCUCUCCUUCGUAUUUUACUUCGUGUCGUCGUCGCUUUUGUGAACAAAAAAUACGAGAAAAAGUUAAAAGCAACGAAAUUUUGCUUCAGCAUUUUGAGCAAAAUUUCAAGAAACAAGUGUAGCACAUAGCUAGCAACUCACUGCAUACACAUUUUUCAAUCCCCCGUCGUUAAAAAAAGCCGUCAAAAUUGAGUCGACAAAGAUUGACGAGACUUUUCCUCCAACAACUGCUAUGGAGGAUAAAGCAACAACAAAAGAUCUAGAUCAAUGGAUUGAGCAGUUAAACGAAUGCAAUCAAUUGACAGAAACACAAGUUCGCACCCUCUGCGAUAAGGCCAAGGAAAUCCUUUCAAAGGAAUCCAAUGUGCAGGAGGUCAAAUGCCCCGUCACAGUCUGUGGAGAUGUGCACGGCCAGUUUCACGAUCUUAUGGAACUGUUCCGGAUAGGCGGCAAAUCGCCCGAUACAAAUUAUUUAUUUAUGGGCGAUUAUGUGGAUCGUGGCUACUAUUCUGUAGAAACGGUCACACUGCUUGUGUCGCUUAAAGUCCGCUAUCGUGAGCGCAUCACCAUAUUGCGCGGCAACCACGAAUCGCGGCAGAUAACACAAGUUUACGGCUUCUACGAUGAAUGCCUGCGCAAGUAUGGCAAUGCGAAUGUGUGGAAGUAUUUUACCGAUUUGUUUGACUAUUUGCCAUUAACGGCGUUGGUCGAUGGCCAAAUCUUUUGCCUGCAUGGCGGCCUAAGUCCGUCAAUUGAUAGUUUGGAUCAUAUACGGGCAUUGGAUCGCUUGCAGGAGGUGCCCCAUGAGGGGCCAAUGUGCGAUUUGCUCUGGUCCGAUCCCGAUGAUAGGGGUGGCUGGGGCAUUUCGCCACGUGGAGCGGGCUACACCUUUGGACAGGAUAUAUCGGAAACGUUCAACAACACAAACGGCCUCACAUUGGUCUCGCGUGCACAUCAGCUGGUAAUGGAGGGCUAUAACUGGUGUCACGAUCGCAACGUUGUCACAAUAUUCUCAGCGCCCAAUUAUUGCUAUAGAUGCGGUAAUCAGGCGGCACUCAUGGAACUGGAUGAUUCACUUAAAUUUUCAUUCCUACAAUUUGAUCCCGCACCGAGACGCGGCGAGCCACACGUAACGCGAAGAACACCAGAUUAUUUCCUUUAAGCUGUUUUUGCGAGCGGCACCAAAAUUGCAGCUUACCAACAUUUACACAUCUUAUUACACCGCAUUAUAACAAAAAGCAAAGAAAAAAACUUAAACAAAAAAAGAAAAAAAGAAGUAAAAGUUGUAUGGCAAGCCGUUUUGAAAAUUAACAAUAAGAAACGCAAAACAAAAACAACAGCAAAACAAAACAAACUACCAAUAAUUGUUUAAAAAAGGAAAAACAAUAUCGAUGCAUUUUAUGUAUUGUAAUACUAACAAUUGUUAAUGCAUACGAAUAUUGUUAAAAUGAACAGUUGGCGGGUGGGGGAGACAAAUGAGGGCAAGCGCCGGACGAGUCGAUAUCAAGCAGCAAGGAGCAGCAGCAGGAAGCAGGAAGCGGAAGCGGAUAAACAAUCCAAUCAAGCAACAACCCAGCAAACAACCACAAAAACUACAACUACUUAGCUAAAUUUGUUAAUUUAUGAAAUAACGAACUAAGCCUAAAAUGAUGGAUGGAUGGAUGGAUGGAUAUUGUAUAACACAUGGCCUGGCACCGACUUGGUUGGGGUUUUCCUUCUUUCAUUUCUUUUUUUUUUUUGACAUUAGACGUACAAUUUGGACAGGACACGGCACACACA